GCCAUGGACCAAUGCACCUUUCCAGGUAACUGUAUCUCACCCUCCAUGGCCUACAACUCCGCCUUGCCCCACCCCCUUUGUCAUCCCAGGCUCCGAAUUUGCUUCUUGCGCUCAAUUUCGCGCCCAAUUGCACCCAACUGCAAUUUAUGGCCCAAAGAUGCAACAUCCACAUUUGUUUGCAAUGUCCAACACUUACAAAGCAUCAGACCUCCAUUCAGCUUUCGUCCCCAGCGGACCUUUCCAAGACCUGCUCCGUGGUGUUUUGACUCCAGGUCCAUCUGCUAGUGAUGAAGUGUUUGUUCCGCAUCUGCAGCCUACAGAAGGACAGUCGGCUAGUGGAGAAGCAUUGCCAGCAUGCUCUGCAUCUGUGGUUAAUACUGAGGAAGGAGUUGAAGGGUACAACACUGACAGUGAGGAGGAAUCGGCUUAUUGUGUAGAUGACAACGACCUUGAUGCAGCAGAAGAUGAUAGAAUUGUAGAACUUGGUGAAUCAGAGGAUGGAGAGGAUACUGAAAGUGGCAAUGAUGGUCCACAGAAGAUCAAUGAUGACAUUGCAGUGCAAUACGAGAUAAUCCCAACCUCUCUUGGUAAUUGUGGAUGUGCUUCAAAUAAUCAGAGUUACAAGAAGAGGAAAAGAUGGCCAAAAGGGACAAACCCAUCAGAUUGUAGGCUUCCCAGGUCCAUGGGCUCCAAACCCCUUCACAGUAAAUAGGCACAGUGAUCUGCAUAAAUAAAAAGAGUCAUCAAUUCUGGAGUUGCUAUUUUGAUAAAAGAGUGUAGGGAAGAUAUAUCAGUUACUGAACUGUUAGGUUGGAGCACAUUAUAGUCUUGAUUUAACGAAAAGCGUGGAGAUAGGAAAUGCCUCCAGCGUGUUGCAGUUUUCCUAUAUGCCAAAUCAUCCAACUACAUGCUCCGUCUUGUUAUAGCAUCAACUAGGGUGUGUGAUAGUGAACCAGAAGUUGAUAGCUCUGUUCUCAAAUUGUACCAAAGUAAUGCAAUGGGAGUGGGUUGACCACUGCCUACAGUAAUAAAUGGAUAGUCCAAACAUUCAGAUCAAUAUAAACAAUCUUAUAGCUA